AUGUUUAUAGAAGAUAUUAGAAAUGAUUUUUAUAAUGUUCUUCUAGGCAACAGGGUACUAUUACUAGUUCAUUACGAUGUGGAUUCGAUUUGUGCGUGUAAAAUACUUCAAGACUUGUUUAAAUGUGAUAAUAUUUUGUACACUUUGGUCCCAGUUGGGGGUAUAUCAGAGUUGAAAACUGCAUAUGAUGAAAACAAUGAAGAAAUUAAAUAUGUUGUACUAAUCAAUUGUGGCGGGACCAUAGACUUAGUAGAUAUCCUUCAACCAGAAGAAGAUGUAAUUUUCUUUGUUCUGGACUCUCACAAGCCUACUGACAUAUGUAAUGUAUAUAGCGAUGGUCAGGUAAGACUUAUUUAUAAAGACGAAGAGGAGAACAUUCCAAAUUUUGAUGAUAUAUUCCGGGAUGAUGAGGAAGAGGAAGAGGAGACGGAAGGCAGGGAAGAUAUUGAAACAAUUGUGGAAAAGAGACGAGAAAGAAAAGCAUGGGAGGAAAAACGACACACACUAAUGUUUAAUUAUACUCAGUUCUCCUAUUAUGGAAAACCAAGCGCGUGCACGGCAUUAGAGCUGGCGGCGCGCUGCUCGCGCUGCACUGUGCGCGCGCUGUGGGCGGCGGCGGCGGCGGGCGCGGCGCACGCGGCGCUGCAGCUGCGCUCGCCGGCGCGCGCGCUGCUCGACGCCGAGCCGCUGCACCGCUACGUGGCCGCGCAGCUGCAUGGCGACGACGUGUACACUGGCGCCCGCGUGGUGGUAGAGAAGGACGCGUGGCUGCCGCUGUACCGCUGGUGGUCGCUGGAGGCUGCGCUGGCGCACAGCGCGCUGGCGCCCGCGCUGCGCCUGCACGCGCGCUCCGGCGCCGCCAGGCUGCGCCAGCUGCUGGCCGACAUGGGCUUCCCACUCCAACAAGCAAGGCAAGCGUACAGAUCAAUGGACGUGGACCUCCGGAGGUCACUCCUCACAUCCCUGGAGACAGCGGCAGCUAAGCACAAGCUGCCCACUCCCACUCGAGCCACGUUCCUGUUGCAAAGGCCUCAUGCACCUGUGGUCGCUGCUUUAGAUGUAGUUUAUGCUAUCAUGGCCCUUAUUGAACAUGAAACAAUCCCCCGAGCAGAAGGAUUUCAGCUAGCUCUCGCAUGCCUUGAUGUAUCCGGAGAGAACGAAGCCCUGAAGCAAGGCAUAGCAGCAGCGAAGCAGACCCUGCAGGCGGUAGCCAGACUAGUUCACAAUAUCUUAUCGUCCCGGGGACUGAUGCUGGCUGGACCAUUCAAUUAUUUUAUUGUGCAGGAGGGUGUGCCCGAGGCGGCGGCGGUGGCGGGCCCGCUGUGGCUGGGCGCGGCGGCGCGCUGGGUGGCGCGCGCGGCGCCGGCGCGGCCGCUGCUGUGCGCGGCUCGGGCGCUGCUGCUGGGCCUGCCGCCGCACCACCACCAGGACCCGCGCAAUUUAUUCGGAGCAGCAUUCGAACAAGCAGCCACUAAAAGCGGAAUAUCAGUGUCACUGGACUUCGUAGACUCCUCAAUCAUCACAGUGCCGAUAUCUCAGAGAACCCAGUUCUUAGACGCAUUGACAGCUUUACUCGCA